AUGCUCACUGAGGCCCGUCCCGCCGCCGCCAGCGCCACCGCCCACUCCCGGCAGGGUAGCAGCGGGCCGCUGGGGCGCAGAGCAGUGCCGGGUAGGGCGAGCAUACGGCCAUGGCCCCGUGGCUGCAGCUCUGCUCCGUCUUCUUCACGGUCAACGCCUGCCUUAAUGGCUCGCAGCUGGCCGUGGCCGCGGGCGGCUCGAGCCGCACCCGGGGCGCCGACACCUGCGGCUGGAGGGGAGUGGGGCCGGCCAGCAGAAACAGCGGGCUGCACAACAUCACCUUCAGAUACGACAAUUGUACCACUUACUUGAAUCCGGUGGGAAAGCAUGUGAUCGCCGAUGCCCAGAAUAUCACCAUCAGCCAGUACGCUUGCCACGACCAAGUGGCAGUCACCAUUCUGUGGUCCCCAGGGGCCCUCGGCAUCGAAUUCCUAAAAGGAUUUCGGGUAAUACUGGAGGAGCUAAAGUCGGAGGGAAGACAGUGCCAACAACUGAUUCUAAAAGAACCAAAGCAGCUCAACAGUAGCUUCAAAAGAACUGGAAUGGAAUCUCAGCCGUUCCUCAAUAUGAAAUUUGAAACGGAUUACUUUGUAAAGAUUGUCCCUUUUCCUUCCAUUAAAAAUGAAAGCAAUUAUCAUCCUUUCUUCUUCAGAACCCGAGCCUGUGACCUCUUGCUACAGCCGGACAACCUGGCCUGUAAACCCUUCUGGAAGCCCCGGAGCCUGAACAUCACCCAGCAUGGUUCGGACAUGCAGGUGUCCUUCGAUCAUGCACCCCACAACUUCGGCUUCCGUUUCUUCUAUCUGCAUUACAAGCUCAAGCACGAGGGACCCUUUAAGCGAAAGACUUGUAAACAGGAGCAAAAUACAGAGAUAACCAGCUGCCUCCUUCAAAAUGUUUCUCCAGGGGAUUAUGUAAUUGAGCUGGUGGAUGACACUAAUACAACAAGAAAAGUGAUGCAUUACGCCUUAAAGCCAGUGCAUUCCCCGUGGGCGGGGCCCAUCAGAGCAGUCGCCAUCACGGUGCCCCUGGUGGUCGUCUCGGCCUUCGCCACGCUCUUCACGGUGAUGUGUCGCAAGAAGCAGCAAGAAAAUAUAUAUUCACAUUUAGAUGAAGAGAGUUCGGAGUCCUCCACUUUCGCCACAGCACUCCCCAGAGAGAGGCUCCGGCCGCGGCCCAAGGUCUUCCUCUGCUAUUCCAGUAGAGACGGCCAGAACCAUGUGAACGUAGUCCAGUGUUUCGCCUACUUCCUCCAGGACUUCUGCGGCUGUGAGGUGGCUCUGGACCUUUGGGAAGACUUUAGUCUCUGCAAAGACAGGCAAAGAGAUUGGGUCAUUCAGAAGAUCCACGAGUCCCAGUUCAUCAUCGUGGUGUGUUCUAAAGGCAUGAAGUACUUCGUGGACAAGAAGAACUACAAACACAAGGGAGGCAGCAGAGGCUCGGGGAAACGGGAGCUCUUCCUGGUGGCCGUGUCGGCCAUUGCCGAGAAGCUCCGCCAGGCCAAGCAGUGUCCAGCGGCGCUCAGCAAGUUCAUCGCCGUCUACUUUGAUUAUUCCUGCGAGGGAGACAUUCCCGGAGUCCUGGACCUGAGCACCAAGUACAAACUCAUGGACAGCCUCCCCCAGCUCUGUUCCCACCUGCAUUCCCGAGACCAUGGCCUGCAGGAGCCGGGGCCGUACCCUGGCCACAUCAGCAGAAGGAACUACUUCCGGAGCAAAUCGGGCCGGUCCCUUUAUGUCGCCAUUUGCAAUAUGCACCAAUUUAUCGAUGAGGAACCUGAUUGGUUUGAGAAGCAGUUUGUUCCCUCCCAUCCUCCCCCACCCGUCUACCGGGAGCCAGUCCUGGAGAAGUUUGACUCGGGCUUGGUUUUAAACGAUGUCAUGUGCAAACCAGGUCCCCAGAGCGGUUUCUGCCUAAAGGCAGAGGCAGCCGUCCUCGGGGCGGCUGUGUCAUCUGACUUGCACCUGGCAGGUCAGCACCUGGGCCUGGAUGAGGACAUGGAGGCCCGGGCCACCCUUGACGGCAGCUCUGCCCUGCAGCCCUUGCUGCACAGGGUGAAAGCUGUCAGCCCCCCAGACAUGCCGCGGGACUCGGGCAUCUACGACUCGUCCGUGCCCUCGUCUGAGCUGUCUCUGCCUCUAAUGGAAGGACUCUCAACGGACCAAACAGAAACCUCUUCCCUGACAGGGAGCAUGUCUUCCUCUUCAGGCCUGGGUGAGGAGGAACCACCUACCCUUCCUUCCAAGCUCCUCGCCUCUGGGAUGUACAAAGCAGGACUCGAUUGCCACAGCUACCCCGAUGAACUCCACGUGGUUGCCCCUUUGUAACGAAAUGGAAGAGUCUAAGCAUUGCCACUUUAGCUGCCGCCUCCCCGGUUCCCAGCUCAUCUCCCUGGUUGUGCAGCCACUUAGAGCUGAGUCUUGUGCAAGGAUCUUCUGAGUGAAAUUUUGGCCAGUACUUGCUCCUCUUACACCAGCCACCAGAUACCUUGACGUCUCCAGUUUUCUAAAACCAUAUGGAGCUCUGAGGGCAUGCCCGUAAGGCCUGACCACAUUAGUUCAUCCUCAAAUUUGAGCCUGUUCUGGGGGAUGGGGAAGAAACGUGGAAGGAGAAACAGGAAAAUGCCAACACUGAUCGUGCAGACUUAAGUUAUCUCAGCAAACUUUGCCUAUUUGCAGUUGGCUGCUUUGAAUAGAAAUGCUUUGUGGAAAAAACACUUUUAAUGUUAGUACAGCUACAGAACAUCAAGGGCCAGUCUGUCUGGAAUCAGUGUUCUCACAGAUGAUGUUCCUGUCUGUUUCUGAUGAGUAGUUUAGGGUAACUUGGGUAUUAAGUAAGCUCCAGGUUACAGGUCAGGAAGGUGCCUGAUUAUACCAUCACCUUUUAUAAAGCGAGUCUUUCUGUGUCCAUGGGUGGCGGUGGUGGCUGACAUGGGGCAGCUGCUCCAGGCUGAGCAUCUUGACUGCUCCAUCUGGGUUGGUUUAGUAGAUGUGCAGACUGGGGUCUGAGUAGACAUUGCACAGGGGCUGGAUCUGCCUGCCAGCUUUCCCUGGGUUAUGUUUACUGCACUGAAUCUCAGAUGUUGGUGCCCCAACGUUUAUUUUUAAGAGGCUGGUAUCCAGCUGGGCCGUAUUAUGGGAAGUUGAAGUUCAUGCUCCGGUUGGCCCUGUGGUCUAAAGCUGUGCCCGUAAUAUUAGGGAUCAGAAUCCACUGAAAUACAGCAGUGUGUGGAGGUUGUAGCCAGUCAAUCUGCCGAACUGGUUUGAUUAAUGACAACCCACUUUUUGAGGAGGUGGAAAGGAGGGGACUGUCAGAAAGACAGAUGUGCUCUUUGAAUAUUGCCUAAAGAAGACAUGGUACCUGAAAUCCAUGAAAUUUCUUGGCUCUUAAAGUACCCCUCCCAACUCAGCCUGUGAAUCAUUUUUUACUGUGUUUUUUCGUGUACUUUCCCAAUGAGAGAUUUGACUCUUGUGCUCUGUCCGACCAAAACUAGGCAUUUUGAGCAUAGGAGCAAAUGAUUUGCUUUAAUUCUGUUCUUAAGAAUGUCUUCUUUACAGAGAAUUUCUGCUUCCAGGAAGAAAUGGUUCUUUCAAUACGGAUUGUCAAUUAGCUUGUACAUGAUGUUGUGUUUUGGUCUCCCCUGUGGCAUCCCUUCUCCCCCACCCCCCCACCCUUGUCCUUGAGGGGACAUGAGCAUCUUUCUCUACCUUUUUCCUGGGCGCUCUGUUUUCUCAGCGCUGAUACCAGGGACCAUUGCUUUCACUCCUUCAUCAGAUAGGGGCAACAUUAAGGGAGAUGCUGAGAAAUAUCCAGAGGUGGGGUGAGAGGUGGGGAUGGGGAGGGCUCUCCUUGCCAAACACAUGUUCGGCAGGUGGGGAAGAGAAGGGUUGCACCCCUGCUGGAAAGUAGAGGUUUGUGUGUAUUUUUGAUGCAAAUGUCACACUCUCUGCGCUGUAAAGGCAGCUGGCAGCAUCUUGGGAGAAGAACGUGCUCGUCUGUUCUCUGGCAUCAAGUUUCCUGCAGCUGCUCAGAGAGAUGAGUGGAGCUGCCAGAUUGUCUCUUCUAUAAAACCAAGCGUCUUGUUAGAGCAGAGACAUUCCAUGUUGUCACUGAGGAAUCUGAGACACGCACACGGCUCCUGCCCACACGUAACCGUCUUGUCGUUUCAGCCUCGGUGUACAUUCUCUGAAGGACAUUGGUCGGGCCAAACUUGCUCAAAUGUGAGAACUCACUUGACAACAUUAUCAGGGAGUUUUCUUAUAGAAAACAAGAAAUAUUGCAUAUCCCCAAGAAUCAUUAGGAACUGCUUUUUAGGAUGGCUACUCAGCUUGACACAGGACAGGAGACAUCUCAGAGAAAGUGGCCCCAGGGCCCGGGAUGACCUGGAGGGCUGGGGCUCCAUGGGCCCCAGGCAGAGAGCUUGGUAAAUGAACUCACUUAGGAAAUUGGUAAAAGGGAAUAUAGUUCCAAUUUGGGGUCUGGGGUCUUAUUUUGAAAUAUUAGUGUUACUGAGGUUCAUCAAACUCAAACUCUUAACAUACCAGGUAAUGAAAGUGUGGUGUGAAUAAGUUAAGAAGUCCAACUUUCUAGCCUUACCUUAUUAGUUUCACGUCUGGCAAUGGGAAUGGUUUCCUUGCAGAGUAAGGCAAAAACAUCUGUUUUAAGGAGAGCUGUAUUUUUUGACUCAUUAAUUGUCCGGGACAGUGGAAAUGAUAAAAUGGAAUUCACAGAAAAGUCCUGCCAAGUCACAGGCUUUUAAACCCUGGAGAAACCAGAAUUAGAAUAUAGGGAUGAUGUCAGUGAAAGGUCUGGAUCCUGAGAGUCAGAGAUGUGUGGAGAAGUGAGAUGACACCCCGUGAGGAGAACGGGCAACAGAGAAGCCUGCGAGUAGCAGCAGGUAGGGAGGGAGUUGUUCACCUGAAUUCACCAACACCCUCCGGAAAGGACUCAGUAUCUGAUACAAUCAGCUUUGUCUGGAGAGUUAUCAGGGAGGUUGAAGCCCAGGGUAGAGAUGUGCAGCAGUUGUUUGAGAUGUGGCAGCAGUUGUUUGUGGCGACCAGCCCAGCAGCACAGGGUGCAGAACGUCCUCCAGACGACUGAGUCCUGGGCCUUGUGGAGCAUCGAUUUUCAAAAAGAAUCAGAAGUCAUUCGGAUCCAGGCCCAGGUACUCGGGGAGAUGACCCA